GCAGUCACAUACUCGAAGUAGAAUGAUCUCUAUAGCUCAACAUUUUAGACUCCAUCGAAAUGUGUUAUUCGUUAUUGGCUUAUGGCCUUACAACCAAUCAAAGUUUGUUAAAUUGCAAUUAAUACUGUUCUUGUUUGUUCAAACUAGCUUUAUUGUAUUUCAGCUUACGUCACUUAUAACUGCGGAAUGUACUAUUGAUCUUGUUAUUAAAAUUCUGUCUACAAUAUUCUAUUUUCUUUUCUGCGUAACACAUUACAUUUCUUUUUGGAUUAACGCAUACACUGUGAGAGGCUUUGUGGAGCGUCUUCAGCAUAUCUGUAAUAAAUUAAAAGAUAAAAACGAAAUAGCUAUAAUGAAAAGAUAUGGAAGCAUUGCGGAAAAUGUUACGUUUUUCAUAAUGUUGUUUGCGGUGUGCUGCGUAUUUAUGCUUUCUCUUUUGCCAAUUUUACCUUGGAUUCUUGGCACCUUUUUAUUCGCAAAUGAAUCUCAACCACUUUACGAUAUACAAAUUGUAACUGAAUAUUUUGUUGAUAAAGAAAAGACUUUUUAUUUGACUUUGCUGCACACAUAUGCAUCUCUUUACAUAGGAGUGACUGCGAUGGUGGGAGGAGGAAUGAUGCUAAUAGCAUACCUCAUACACAUUUGCGGUUUAUUUAGCAUUGCUAGUUACCGUAUGGAGCAAUCAUUGAUAUUAAAUAUUAACGAAAAACCUAAUUUGAGAAACAAAAAAGAAAUCGACAAGAAAAUAGGCCAUGCAGUGGAUGUUCAUCGCACAGCCAUUGAGUUGUCUGAAUUUUUUAUAUCUAAUUUCCAUGGCACAUUCUUUUGUAUAAUAGCGAUGAUGGUACUAUGUUUAAGUCUCAAUCUCUACCAAAUCUCCCAAAGUGCAUUGCAUCAAAAUAUAGACGAAUGUCUAUUUCACCUUAUAUUUGCAAUUGAUAUGCUUAUAUAUUCGUUCAUAGCCAACUAUAGUGGUCAAGAAGUUAUUGAACACUAUAACGACAUAUUUUCUGUUGCGGUGCGCCGUUAGAAUCCAGACAUGAAAACGUUUUAUCGGAAAAGUCAGUUAUUAUUAGAGCCAAUAUUAAAUAUGCAAAGAAAUACUUUAAUAUUCAACUUAAGAGAUCCUCCCUGAGGAUCGAUGUAGCCAUUCUGCGUCUCGUUCACCGCCUCAAAACUGGUCUAAAAUGCAAGUAUGUCGCCUCCAAUUGGGUCCAGUCCAUGGCGACGAACGCCUCGAUGGAGGCCCGAAGAGAGACCAUGAUAGUAUGCCUGAGGGUUGGUAACCCUCUCGAUCACGAUCCACCGUUGUUGAGAGGUUUCAGAUAGGGCCUAUUGGAAGGCCAGACGUCCUUGGACAUGGCGACAUUACUGGACAGCUAAUUCUGAACCAAAUAACUUGUGUGAACAGAUGCAACGUCUUACUGGAAGAUGUACGGCCUCCCCGAGGCCUGUCUCCAUGUCUCCAUCCAGUGGUUUACCACCGUCCUCAGGAUCUAAGGAAAAUUCCCGGGUUCUCCGAGAUGAGGUUUUAAGUUCUUUGGAUAAGCUCCGGCGUCCUCGUCGAAUUUUCCCUGACUUGGAUCUUCUUCGCCAGGGUGGAAAAGUCCUCCUCGGACUCCUCUGAGGCCACGUACUUCUGGACAACAUCGUAUACCGUCGACUUGGGGUAUCCGAAGAACCUUAUUAUUUCACUUGGCGUUUUGCCAGCGCGAAGACUUUCAAUAAUCGGCGUCUUCCGGUUAUAUUCUGGGUUUAAUCUGUGCAACUCGGCCUAAAUUUCGAAGUUAUGAUGAGGUCUUACACACGUAUCUGGUCUAUCUUAGCGCCAAUUGGCAACUGAAUUCUAAUAUAAUGAGAAUUUCAAAUACAAUUU